AUGCCGGGUUCGUGUGGCGGCGCCUAUGUCCACGAAUCUUCGAUGUGGAGUACGAGGGAAGACUCGGCGCGGAACGGGGAGGAAGCCAAAUGUCUGCUCGAUGUGCACGGUGCCGACUACAGCAAUAAGGCAGUUCGAAGCCCCGACUACAACCAAACGCCACCCACCUUAUGCUGGAAGAAGACCAAAUGGAUAGUGGUGGUGCUCAUAACACUGCUCGUGUUCGUUCGGAGACUCUUCAUCCCGCUGCCACCUCACCCAAACCAGACGUUCGUUGGAGAGAAGUUGAGGUCAAAUGGCACGCAUGACUUCAAGCGGACGGUUGUACUCAUUUCUAUCGAUGGCUUUCGCGCGGACUACCUGGAUAGAGGGCUUACGCCUCAUUUACUCAAUAUCAGCAAGCAGGGAAUCAGAGCGAAGUUCAUGCGCCCUAUAUUUCCUUCACCAUCAAAUGGCCUUGACGUCUUUAACCCGAAUGUGUCGCGCAGGAAUCACUGGACGCUCAUGACAGGGCUUUACGCUGAAUCUCACGGGAUCGUUGCCAAUAAUUUCUGGGACCCAGCAAGCCGAAGUGAGUUCCACUACAGUAAUGUAAAGUCGUGGCGGAAUGCUUCUUGGUGGUUCGGUGAACCGAUGUGGGAGACUGCUCGUCGGGCUGGGUUGAUCACAGCGAACCUCAUGUGGCUUGGUCCAACCAAGACAAGCUCGGGUGUUGAGUCCACCUACUUUGUUCCAUGGAAGGACAAUGUUCCGUUGAAAGAGAAACUCGACCAGAUUAUUUCCUGGGUAGAUCUCCCGCUCCUCAAGCGACCUCAGCUCAUUCUUGCAUAUGACCAAUCUCUUGAUCAUGCCGGGCAUACCAACGGCCCGAUGUCCGUCGCUGUAAACCGAACGCUGCAACAGAUCGACGGCUUCGCGAGAGAUCUACACGCAGAACUCCAGGCUCGCAACCUUACUGACAUAGUCGAUACCAUUUUCGUCAGCGAUCAUGGCAUGGCGGAUACGAGCCAACCGGAGUUCAUAUAUAUGGACGACAUCCUCGGAGCUGACGGCGUAAAAAUGAUCGAACACGAAGACGGCUGGCCUUCGAUGGGUUUACGAUUCCGCCCACAGGCCAACGAGACACAUUACCUGCAAACCUUGAUUCAAGCGUCGGAAGCGAACGGUCAUAAAUUCGACGUGUACACCCACAAGACGAUGCCGAAGAGAUACCACUUUUCGAAUAGCGAUAGGAUUGCGCCGAUCUACGUCGUGCCGAAACUUGGGUAUGCACUCACGACCUAUGAGCAAGGGACUGCUGGGAUGAGUGCAGGGAAUCACGGGUACGAUAAUAUGGAACCCUCGAUGCGUGCUGUCUUCAUCGCACAAGGCCCCUUCUCCACGGUCGCGAAGGCUUUGCAGCGCUCUGGAUUGUCGGCGUAUCACUUCCUCUCAUGCCUCGAUGCUGUAUGGCGAGCGGUACCAGAUGAUACGCAUAUCAUCGAAGGCUUCCGGAACGUCGAGCUGUACAACUUGGUCACAAAGUUGUUGGGUAUACAGCAGUAUGCGGCGAAGAAUAACGGGACUUCGGGGUUUUGGGAUAAGUACUUUUAA